GGUUGGGUGCGUGUGAAGCAAAGGGGCUCCACACACUAAGCUUAGUGCCAAAUGUGGUGUAAGCUCCCAACACAGAGUGUCAGUGCGCGUCUCCCGUUGGCAAGAAGCGGAGAGGAGUGUGCGUGAGAGGUGCAUCUCUUCCAUACAUGUAACAGCGAGAGAGUCACUCACACGGAGGAAAAGGAGGAGGAGAGGCAACUUCAGCCGGCUCCAUCAUCGCAAGCGCGCACAGUCCUGGAGGCGAGCGCGCAGCAGUGAACAAGUGGACCGCGCUUCCAGCCCGUGGCUUUUGAUUCUGCAGGGUGGAAAGUUAUCAGGAGUAGGAAACAUGCAUCUGUGACUUGACUUAAAUCAAGUGUUGGGACUUAAUCACAGCGAUUGCACUCGAGUGGAUCGUAUCAAGGGAGAGCGUGCGAGUGAGUGGACCACCGGCAGCCCCGCACCAAACAGACGGAGCAGGCGUUGAUCCGACUCGGCCACGGGGGAGCAACUACAAUGACCGUGCUUUACCUCAUCUUUUGCCUUAUGGCCUCAGCCGCCACCCGAGCAGCCUACUUCUCCCAGCAGCCUCAGGACCAGGUGGUGGUAUCUGGGCAGUCCGUGACUCUACCAUGUGUCAUUGUGGGCUACCGGGGGAUGGUGCAGUGGACCAAAGACGGACUGGCUUUGGGUGGAGAGAGAGACCUACCAGGCUGGACGCGCUACUCCUUAAUGGGCGACCCGCUAUCAGGCGAGCACAGCUUGCUGAUCGAUUCGGCAGAGCUGGUGGAUGAUGCCGUGUACGAGUGUCAGGCGACACAGGCGGGCCUGCGCUCCCACCGAGCCAAGCUCACUGUACUAGUCCCUCCUUCAGACCCUUUGGUGGAGGGAGGCCCCGUCGUGCGUCUUAAAGCCCACACGUCACACAACCUCACCUGCAGAUCCUACGGAGCCAAGCCUGCUGCAGAGAUCACCUGGUACAGAGAUGGAGAAGUCAUGGAGACAGCCAUUUACUCCAAGACACUGAUGGAAGAUGGGAAGAGGGAGGCAGCUGUCAGCAUGCUUCCAAUCAUCCCAGAGGACAGCGACUCCGGCCGCACCUACACCUGCAGGGUUCUCAACCCAGCUGCCCCUGCUGGAAGGCAGACAUCCAUCACGAUCAAUGUCCAACACCCUCCAUCUGUGGUUUUGUCAGUCCAGCCUCAGACAGUGACCGAAGGCGCCAAGGUUCUCUUCAUAUGCACCGCUUCAGCCAAUCCGGAAAUUAUCGGCUACAGGUGGUCGAAAGGAGGAGUCCCCAUCUCUGAGGCGAAUGGCGACAGUCUGGAGGUGACCGUGGACCAUUCCUACUUCACAGAUCCGGUCUCGUGUGCGGUAUCCAACUCUGUGGGCAGCACCAAUGUCAGCACCCUGGUUGAUGUUCAGUUUGGCCCCAGAUUGCUGUCUGGGCCAAAGCCAAUGACUGUGGAUAUCGGGAUGGAUGCGGCGUUCACUUGCACGUGGACUGGAAACCCCCCCUUGACCCUGGCUUGGACCAAACAAGGCUCAAGCGAGGUGCUAAGUAACAGCAACACGUUGCAGAUCAAGUCUGUUACCCAGGCCGAGGCUGGGACUUACACCUGCAAAGCCAUCGUUCCACGCAUAGGAAUUGCAGAAAGAGAUGCCACUCUGACUGUAAAUGGCCCUCCUAUCAUCACAGCUGAGGCCACACAGCAUGCUGUGAAGCACUCCAAGGGCAAGCUAGAAUGCAGGGUGGGAAGCAGCCCACCGCCUUAUAAGAUUGUAUGGUCCUUUGGAGACAUCAGCCUUUCGUCCGGUUCAUCUGGUCGCUACUCAGUACAAACAGUAGCCAGUGACCAAGGAGUUGUGUCCUCUUUGGUGCUCUCUGAAACCCUGGCGCCUGAUUUUGAGCUGCGUUACAACUGUACUGCUUGGAACAACUUUGGCACCGGCACCGCUUUGGUCAUGCUCAAGGAACAAGAAGCCCCGCCCAUGUUGUUAAUUGUUGGUGGAUCAGUUGGCGGCGGCUGUGUCCUGCUCAUUUGCGUCAUCACGCUGGUCUCCAUCUGCUGCAGGCACACUGGCAAAGGUGAGCUCAACGGCAAAAGAUGUACCCGACUGUCCAAGAGUGACAUCAGAGUUCAAAUUGUUCACAGUGAUCACAACGCCACACGUGGCAAUGAUGACGAGGAGGAUGUCAAAGAGCCCAUGGCUCCAAAUAGUAGCGAGUCUCCCGGGACAUCUCGCACAGAACACAGUGAUCUCUUGGAAGAGGAGGAGGACGAGCGAUCGGACAACAAGGAUCCCACCAAUGGCUACUACAAUGUGCGCGGCCACGAAGAUCGCCACAUACGCGGCGGUGGCUUCUCAGAGUACGCCACAAACCCACGGCCCGUCUACACCCCAUCGCAGCUGCCCUCCCCAAGCCCAAUGUACGGCCAACAUGGCACCCAACCGCGUGUCUACGACUUUGCCCACCGAUACGCGACCAACACACUGACCCAGUCCACGUACGAGCAACAAGCCGCCCAACAGCAGCCGUCUCAACCGGCCACCAUUUAUCCCGCUGAGCCCGUCUACGGCGGCUCCGCUUACCUGCCCGCAACCUACGGCCGCGCCUUCACCAGCUACGUCAAACCAGCCUCUUAUGAGAAAGUGGACGCCUACGACCAGUCGGACGAGGCCAGCAAGGUGUCCAGCUCGUCCCGCUUCUCUUACGCCUCAUCGCAAAUGUCCUCCCAGCAGUCGGACUACGGCCGACCGUCACAACGUAUGCAGACGCAUGUUUGAAUUAGACAAGGGGCAUUGGAAAUCAAAAGAACCGAUGAGUCGUCAACUACGUCGUUGCACCGUGCACAUGGGGGAGAACUAACAUGAACAGAGACUGUCAAAUUGGACAAGUAUUAAGCGGAAGUCACUUCAAGGCGUUGGCGUGGCCAAUGGAGGUGUUACGAUCUCAACAAAGCCGGAGAUUUCAGCGUCGUUCAAGUUCAACAACUAAAUUCAACAGUGAUACAUCACCAAGUUUAUGUCUGCAUGAUUGACCACACGUGAGCCAAACACGUGUUGGUACUCGAUCGGUGGACUCGGAAAAAAAGAAAACUUGACGAAGCGGCAUUCAAGUUUACUACUCACGUCAACGCCAAAAUGUGAAACAGCAGCAAUGAAGUUCUCACCGCUUAAAAUGGACCUGAAACAACCCGCCAUCAAUUGUUUUUUGCUGUUUUGGUUUGGCAUGCGAAAGGAAUUCUCAGCACAUUUGUGUGUCGAUUACCAACAAAAGACUGGGCUAGCCACAGGAACAAAUGAACCUGCCCAAUUUGGGAAUACUUUGGCCUGACCUUGACCCUCGAAAACAACCGGACCACAAAGUGUGAAUCUUAGCCUUGUUUUCCAUGAAGAAUGAGAUGGUAACCGUAUGUUUUAAAAGAAGGCAAAUGCAAAGGCCAUAAAAACCCAAAGAUUGUGAGCAUUUUACAGGGUUGGGGUCCCAGUACUCAUUCCUUGCCCCGGUACGGUUUUCUCCAGUGUUUUGUGAUUGCGGAGGAACAGAGCAAAGUAGGGUACUGUAUUAUACCGGAACAAUCAAAUGUGAUCGUUUGUAAGUAACUUGGUGGCAAUCUUGAACUUGAACUGAACUUGAAUGCCACGUCAGGUGGGGCAACAUGUCGUCACUCGUCAGAUGGACGGUUUACAUCGAACUCAAAUGGUCUCAAAAAUGUUUACAAGAAACAGUACUACCCUGCAAAUAUCUGUACAAAUGGCCUAAGCCCAUGUUUUCUCUCUGUUGCAUGCAAAUGAUGUGUCUAGUGAAAACCUUCCGCGUUUGGAGUCAUGUCCAUUUCACGUUUGAGACCUUUGUUUCUGCACCUGGCUCAGUUGCAUUCUACCUUGUGGAUGUUUCCGUGUAUGAUGCCUGUACUGCCAUUUGACGCUUGUUUCCAGGCAGCCUGACGAGAACAAGUAAAUAGUGGAGGCAAAAAAUCAUCGCUUGUCUUUAUUUUUCUAUUUUAUAUAAGCCUUAAUGUACAGCGUGUACGCUGCUCUAUUGUAAAAUAUCUUUAUACAUAUAAUAUGUUAUCAGUCUUGGUUGAUUUAUUUGGAGACACAUUUUCUUGCUUUAAAUUACCAAUCAUUGAAAGCUUCUUUUUUUUUCUCGCUAUUUUUUAAUCAACUAAUUGCCAUUUGCUUGUUCAUUCUUUUAAUGUAUCAAGAAUUUGAUUUGCUCAAAUAAGCUACCAUUGCUUGUAUCUUUGUACACAUAUUUAUAUUUAAAUAAAACCAUUUCCGAUAAA